UCUCCAGGAAGUCAUCAAUAGGCAUUAAAGCCUAACUGCCAAACUCUGUACAUUCUCUUAUAGCACUCAUCGAAUCUCCUUCACUUACAAAAUCCCCUCAAAACUUUUUUACAGUCUCUGCAAAUUCUCUCUAAUGGAAGAAACUAAGGAAGUAGUUCUGAUAACAGGUUGUUCAAAUGGCGGAAUAGGCCAUGAGUUAGCUCGAGCUUUUGCAUCCAAGAAUUGCUUUGUUGUAGCCACAGCUCGGUCUCUGACAUCCAUGUCCGAUUUCGAAGAUGAUCCGCGAUUCUUUCUUCAAGAACUCGAUGUUUUGUCUGAUCAAAGUGUGACACGUGUCCUCACUAAUGUUCUUGAAAAGUUUGGGCGCAUUGAUGUUCUUGUUAACAAUGCUGGUGUACAGUGUGUUGGCCCUCUUGCUGAAGUCCCUUUAUCUUCUAUUCAACAUACCUUCAACACCAAUGUUUUCGGUCCCAUAAGGUUAAUUCAAUCUGUUGUUCCUCACAUGGCAUCUAGGAAGAAAGGGAAAAUUGUAAAUGUUGGAAGUUGCAUUGCUCUGGCUCCAGGACCAUGGUCAGGUGCUUAUAGUGCAUCCAAAGCUGCUGUACACUCAUUUACUGAUACCUUGAGACUAGAACUUCGGCCAUUUGGCAUUGAUGUCAUCGCUGUUGUCCCUGGAGCUGUGACGUCAAACAUUGGAAACUCUGCAAUUGCCAAUUACAGUAGAAUGCCAGAGUGGAAGUUAUACAAGAAAUUUGAAGAAGCAAUCCGGGCACGAGCACAUUUCUCACAAGGACCAAGAUCAACUCCUGCAGAAGAAUUUGCAAAGAGGACGGUGAACGCCGUGCUAAAGGAGAAACCUCCAGCUUGGUUUUCUACUGGCCAUUUUUCUACUAUUGCUGCAAUCAUGUACCACCUUCCACUUUUUAUCAAAGAUUUCAUUCUCAGGAAACGAAUGAAGUGUUGAUACAGCAUUCUUAGAUUCUUAUUGUCGAUUUUUAACUUUGCUCAGGUCUGGUUUUUGUAUCUGAUCAGCAAAUUAUUUUCUUGGUUAUUUAGAUAAAUAUUUACAUAAAUGAAAUACAGUGUUCUCACUGGAUGGUGAAAGAAAUGAAAAAUAACGUGAAAUCGCGUUUGCUUC